AUGAUAGAACGAAAAGAUACUGAAGGAAAUUUAUAUACUUUUUACGAUGAAGAUUUACCUUAUGAAGAGGAAAUCUUACGAAAUCCAUAUUCCGUAAAACAUUGGCAGCGUUAUAUCGAUCAUUUGAAAAAUACAAAAAGUAAUAAUUUAAAUAUGGUUUAUGAACGUGCCUUGACAGAACUCCCUGGAAGUUACAAAUUAUGGUAUAAUUAUCUUCGACACCGAUUAAGCCAAUUAAAAAAAAGAUGUAUAACAGAUCCUCUUUAUGAAGAUGUAAAUAAUGCAUUUGAAAGAGCUUUGGUAUUUAUGCAUAAAAUGCCACGUAUUUGGAUGGAUUAUUGUAUACUAAUGACAAAACAAUGCUACAUAACGCGUACUCGUCAAGUAUUUGAUCGUUCUCUUAGAGCACUUCCAAUUACACAGCAUCAUCGUAUAUGGCCACUUUACAUAGACUUUUUGAAGAAACAUAAUGUUUACGAAACAUCUGUCAGAGUAUUCAGGCGAUAUUUGAAGUUGGCACCUGAGGACACAGAGGAAUAUAUUGAAUAUUUAAUAUCUAUUGGAAGGCUUGAUGAAGCAGCUAUAAAACUUGCACAAAUUGUUAAUCAGGAUGAUUUUGUAUCAAAACAUGGAAAAUCUAAUCAUCAAUUGUGGAAUGAAUUGUGCAAUUUGAUAUCAAAAAAUCCUUCUAAAAUAAAAUCUCUUAACGUAGAUGCUAUUAUCAGAGGUGGUUUAAGGAGAUACACCGAUCAGUUAGGUCCAUUAUGGAACUCAUUAGCUGAUUAUUAUGUUCGCAGUGGUCUCUUUGAGAGGGCAAGAGAUAUUUAUGAAGAAGCUAUACAAACAGUAACUACUGUCAGAGACUUUACGCAAGUCUUUGAUGCAUAUGCACAAUUUGAAGAAUUAAGUCUUAGUAAAUGUAUAGAAGAUGAAACCGUUAUUUCAACAGAGGAGGGUAAUUUAGAAUUAGAGUUACGUCUAGCAAGAUUUGAACAUCUUAUGGAAAGGAGAUUGUUAUUACUUAAUUCGGUAUUAUUAAGACAAAAUCCUCAUAACGUACAGGAGUGGCAUAAGAGAGUAAAACUUUAUGAAGGACAGCCGCACGAGAUAAUUAAUACAUAUACGGAAGCAGUACAAACUGUGCAACCACAAUUAGCAGUAGGCAAGUUACAUACUUUGUGGGUUGCAUUUGGCAAGUUUUAUGAAGAAAAUAGUCAAAUAGCAGAUGCCAGAGUUAUAUUUGAAAGAGCUACUCAUGUCCCCUAUACUAAGGUAGAUGAUCUAGCAUCAGUAUGGUGUGAAUGGGCAGAAAUGGAGAUCAGACAUGGGAAUUGUAAAGAGGCUUUAAAACUUAUGCAUCGUGCUACGGCCAUGCCGUUCCGUAAAGUUUCAUAUCACGAUGAAAAUGAAACUGUUCAAAUGAGAUUGUAUAAAUCUUUAAAAGUGUGGUCCAUGUAUGCAGAUUUAGAAGAAAGUUUUGGUACAUUCAAGACAUGCAAGGCAGUAUAUGAUAAAAUAAUAGAUUUAAAAAUAGCAACACCUCAAAUCAUUAUUAACUAUGGAUUGUUCUUGGAAGAGAAUAAUUAUUUCGAGGAAGCUUUUAGGGCAUAUGAAAAAGGAAUCGCGCUCUUUAAAUGGCCUAAUGUAUAUGAUGUAUGGAAUACAUAUCUCACCAAAUUUUUAAAACGUUAUGGUGGAACAAAGUUGGAACGUACACGUGAUUUAUUCGAGCAAUGUUUAGAACACUGUCCAAAUAAAUACGCUAAAGCGUUAUAUUUAUUGUAUGCAAAAUUGGAAGAAGAGCAUGGUUUAGCUAGGCACGCAAUGUCCGUAUAUGAACGAGCGACUAGUGCAGUUUUACCCGAAGAAAGAUUCGAAAUGUUUAACAUAUAUAUAAAGAAAGCAGCAGAUAUUUAUGGUGUGCCAAAAACUAGACAAAUAUACGAAAAGGCUAUUGAAGUUUUAAAUGAUGAAAAUACAAGAGAAAUGUGUUUAAGAUUUGCUGAAAUGGAAACAAAAUUAGGAGAAGUAGAUAGGGCAAGAGCUAUUUAUGCACAUUGUAGUCAAAUAUGUGAUCCUAGGGUAUCAUCGAACUUUUGGAAAGUGUGGAAGGAAUUUGAAGUACAGCAUGGAAAUGAAGAUACGAUGCGUGAAAUGCUUAGAAUCAAACGUAGUGUGCAAGCCAUGUAUAACACCCAAGUGAAUAUGAUGUCUGCUCAAAUGUUGAAUAAUGUAUCUAAUCAAGUGUCUGGUGUACAAAUUGAUAGUAUGCGUGCGCUAGAUAAUAAAAUCUCUGACACAACUACUCAAUCUGGAUUGAAGGAUACUAUUAAAUUUGUACGUGGUAUAACAGAAACAGAUGGAAAAGAAUCAUCACGUGUAAAUAAUCCAGAUGAAAUUGAUAUUGAUAUGGAUAUGGAUGAUGAUAAUGAAAAUGAAGGAGAAGAAGAGAUUGAAGAAGAAAUGUCUAUUGAAAAACAAGUCAUUCCAUCGCAAGUAUUUGGUAGCUUAAAAACAGCAGACAAUGACACAAAUGAAGAUGAGUGAAUGUACUAUUCAUUACAAUCAAUGUAUUUAAAUAUAAUGUGCAGUUCAAGUUAUU